GCAUAUACCUGUCUUUAUUUUUCCCCAUAGCCAAUUCCCAUUUCUCAAAGCCCCAAAUGAAACCCAAUUAUCAAAUCUCAGUCUGUCACUGAGGAUCUCCCCCUCUCCCCUGAAUUUUGCAGACGAUACGGACACACAAAAUCGCCAAUUUAUUUAUUCGGCUCUGCCUGGAUGCUCCAGCCGAGCAUUUGAGGAAAUUGUAUUUUUCCUCCCUCUCGAAUUAGCAGUGAAACAAUGACAAAAGUUAGAGACAGAACUGAGGAUUUUAAAGAUUCAGUUCACCGUGCCGCGUUGAAUUUGGGAUAUAAUGAGUUCAAAACAGCAACAAUAAUGGCAUCUUUUAUCCUCCAAAAAAGACGUGAAAGGUCACCUUUCACCAAAGCAGCCCUGAAGACGCUCGAAAGCAUUGGUGCUCUGGAGCAGUUCUUGAUGACGCAUAAAAAGGAUUAUUUGGAUCUCCGUCGCACCACUGAACAAGAGAGAGAUGGCAUUGAGCAUGAAGUUACUGUUUUCAUCAACUCAUGCAAAGAGCAAAUAGAUGUUCUCAAGAAUAGUAUAAAUGCUGAAGAAUCAAAUUCAAAAGGAUGGCUUGGUAUCAGGGGUGACAAUUUGAAUGCUGACACUAUAGCACACAAACAUGGAGUGGUAUUGAUUUUAAGCGAAAAGCUUCAUUCAGUUACAUCAAAGUUUGAUCAGCUGAGAGCCAUACGAUUCCAAGAUGCUAUUAACCGAGUUAUGCCAAAAAGAAAACUGAAGAGUGGCAUAAAAAAUGCUACGGAGUCUAGCAAUUUGCAGUCCACUGAAGUAAACAAUUCGGAUGUUAGGGAGGCUAAUGAAUUUCAAGCAGAGCCCAUCAGAGUCCAGCAGCAAGUUCUGGAUGAUGAGACACGUGCCCUCCAGGUUGAGUUGGCGAGCAUGUUAGAUGCUGUGCAAGAAACUGAAACAAAGAUGGUGGAAAUGUCUGCUCUGAACCAUCUCAUGUCCACACAUGUUUUGCAACAGACACAACAGAUAGAGCAUUUGUAUGAGCAGGCUGUUGAAGCAACAAAGAAUGUACAGCUUGGUAACAAAGAGCUGUCCCAAGCCAUUCAACGGAAUAGCGGCAGCAGAACUUUUCUUUUACUUUUCCUAUUUGUUCUUACUUUUUCAAUUCUCUUUCUUGAUUGGUAUAGUUGAUUGGAAGAUCGAUGGUAUAUGCUAUCCAAAGUUGAGCUAUCUGCAGUGCUACUAGCAAUACCAUAUCGCAGCAAUAAGUGCAUGCAAACUAUUUCUAGAGCUUCUAAAAUAACUUUUUGAUUCUUGAGUUCUUUUGCUGAAGAGCUGAUUUCUUAAUGUCAGUUUAUGUUACUACAUAUAUUAAUGCGAGGUGAUUGCCUAUUUAUUUCUAAAGUAAUUGACCAAUCAAAACAUCUGUCUGUGUUCUAUGCGUUGUUUGACUGCUAUUCAGCUGAAGCAUCAAGGCAAAAAAUUGAAUGGAUAAUGCAAAAUCUGUUCAUGUUGCAUUUGCACCAGAACUUGGUAGAAUCAAUAUUUUACAAGUUCUUUUUUCAAUAUUGUAGUGAUAUUACAUUUGAGUUGAAACCAGUCCCUUUUUCGCUAGAAUCAAUGACCAAAAUUGAUCGGAUUUUUUUUCUUGCAAAAGUAUAGAAAUUGUAGAAGAUUUGAAAAUGACACUAUGAAUAUUGGAUCUGCUUUGACUUCUGUUUAUACUACCGUUUCAAGUUCUGGGACAAGGAGUCAUGUAGAGAUGCCAGCCUGAACUUGCACAAUCUGUUCAGAGUGUGAACAUGAACAAAGCUGUGCUGCAGUGCUGUUCAUCCUGGGAGAGGAUUUGCAUAUAAGCUUUCCCCAAGUUUUGGAGAAUCUCCCACUAACCUGGGAUGUGGUGCCCCAGUCCUGUUCUCAUGUAAGCGCCUGACUUCUUAUGAAAACUCUUCCCAAGGUAAAUUGCCGUUGUCCAUAUUGUCGAUCAGUCUCACAGAGUUUUCUGCAAAAAUUUCUAUUUUGAGAUGGCUAGGAAAUGUAAAACAGUAAAAGUAUUUAGUUGGACAGAUAAUCAUGGAGUUUAGUUUUUUGAAUCUGAUAUUUUGAAGACUAAUAAGUCCAACUUCAACUUUCUUUA